AUGAGUGAAGGUUGUACAAGUGCGCCUAUUUUUUUGUUGUGCAAGUAUAAUGGUUGCACAUUUGCAAUUAAGAUUGAUCAAAAUGUUACAUAUGAUCAAUUGGUUGAGAAGCUAUGUUUGAAAUGGGAUAAUUUGCAAUCUGAUAAUAUUUUUCUAUCUUACUCAUUGCCUGGACAUCCUAAUUGUACGUUGGACAACAAUGAGGCGUUAGAUUUGUUGUUUGCAUUAGUUGUUCAUUUUGAUUCAAAGUGUAUUGAUGUUGUUGUGAGAGUACAAGACUCAACCAUUGACUAUGGUUAUCUCAACAAAAGAUUGGAUUAUGGAGAAAGAGAGUCAAUGUUGGAUCUUGAAGCUUGUGAUAUUGCAUUGUCUCAUGACAGCAGUAAGUCUGUGAACUUGUCAAACAGAGCAUCUAAAUCCUCCAAAAGGAAUUCAAGGUUGGAAGUUGAAGAAGAGGUUAAUAUGUUAUCAUCAUUUUGUCGACACAAGGAAAAAGUACUGUUGUCUGCUGGUUGGGCAAAUGAUAAAGUUCGUGUUACAGCACAAUGUUUGUUUAGAGAGACAAAAGGUUGUAUGUGGAAUGUUCAUGGUAAAGUGGAGAAUGCUAAUGGGUUCUUUUAUAUAAGGAAGUUGAACAAUGUCCACACAUGUGGUGCUGAAGUACGUACGAUGAAUCAUUCUCGUAUGAGUUCUGAUUUAGUUGCUGAUUUGAUUGUUGAAGGUGUUCGUGAUAAUCCAUUGACACGUCCAGUUCAUGUUGUUCAGGAUUUUAAGUUGGGGUAUGGGUUGAGAUUAAGAUGGUAUGUGGAUGUUGCAAAGAGUUGCAAUCCAGGGAGUUACAUUGAGUUUGAGUGUGACGAUGAUACUAAACAGUUUAAGAGAUUAUUUGAAAGAUUUAGAGGAAAUUUACUUGCCGCUACAGGAAAAGAUGGAAAUCAAGAUCGUAACCUUGGAUUAGUUGAAGUGUUGCCAAAGGUUUUCCCAAUGGCUUUCCAUGCUUAUUGUUUAUAUCAUUUGAAGAUGAACUUGAGGCAUCAUUUGCGUGGUAUGUUUCAUGGAUUGAAAGAAAAGCUGAUCACUCUGUUUGGGAAAUGUGCAUAUGCUCCAACUGAAGAAACAUUUCAUCAAUGUUUGGUUGAGUUAAAGACUGAAGAUUGUAAUGUUGAUGGUGAUAGUGAAGUUGUUCUUCCUCCUUUGUCUAAGAAGCAACCAGGAAGGCCAAAUAAGAAAAGGAUUCAUUCGAAUGGUGAGAAAGUAAGGCAAAUUACUUGUAGUAGAUGUGGGAAUGUUGGCAAUCACAAUAAGAAAUUGUGUAAGGAGGCUUUGUGA